AUGAGAUCUUCAAUGAUGAUGAUAAUGGUGUUGUUGUCACUGACAUGCUUGGUCAGUGGAGAGGUCACAACAGAUACAUCAAAGUCACUCACAUAUUUAUUAUGGUUCGGUCAUUCAUGGACUGGAUUUGGACAGAAUCCUUACAAGACACCAAACUAUCUUGGUCAAGAUGUUAUAAAGCCUCAAUGUGAAAAGACAUGUAAUUGGAUAUCUGACAGGAAGUUGGUAUCGAAUGCACAUGGAGUGUUGUAUGAGGCACAACCAUUGGGUGGAUAUGGAUAUCACUAUUUGAAUGAACCGCCACAGUUCCCUCAGAAGGAGGUCGAUCAGUUCUAUGUUAACUUUGGAUUCGAACACGAGUAUUACUUCCCCGUGCAGGUUGAGGAUGGAUUCCUGGCGCACAUUGACAUCAACGCCACGUUCAGACAGGCACACGACGUCUACUUGACAUUCGCCUGCAGUUGGGGCCAGUAUGACAAUGGCAACAUUGACAACUUCCGCAAUGCCAAGGUGGUGCCCUUUGCCAACAAGAUCAAGGCCGUCGGCUUCAUGUCGUCCAACUGCCACGGCGGUGGCGCCAUCCAUCGCACGACAUACAUCCUCGACUUGAUGACACAUAUACAGGUGGAUGGACUUGGUGAAUGUCUACACACCAAGGACUUGGACCCCGAGGAUGAUCUCGUCCUCUUCAAAGAUCUUGGCAAAUCCAUGAAGGUCAAAGAGAAGGUACUUGGUCGAUACAUGUUUGCACUUGCCUUUGAGAACAACAACAUAACAGACUAUGUCACAGAGAAGGUCUACACAUUGUUAUUGAGUGGAACUAUUCCAAUAUACAUGGGAUCAGAGAACAUUGAUGAAUAUGUUCCAAGUCAUAGUGUUAUCAAGACUAAUGACUUUAAGUCACCAAAGGACUUGUCAGACUACUUGAAGAAUCUAAUGGAGAAUGAGGACGAAUACAACAAGUACUUUGAAUGGAAGAAGUUACCCUACCACGACAAGUUCCUCGACAAGUACAAGAGAUGUGCCUUCUAUUCCGGCGAGUGUGCGCUAUGUAAACAACUACACAAGGUCUAUGAUGAGGGGAAACUUGGACAGGCGCCAGGACAUAGAACAGCAUUUGGCGAACCAGAGUCGGUCAAGGGAAAUGUGAGAGUGGCUCAGUUCACUCAUGAUACAUGCGUGGAGAUUGCCCAGAACAAGACGUAUCAUAGUCCAAUUGUUGGAGAGUUUACUUUCACGUCGUGGAUCUAUCCCGAGAGUGGCAGCAGCGAUAAGAUACUGUUCUCAGUGGGUCGCGGCAACAUAAGGAUUGGAAUAGUAUCGGUGUGGAAGAACUUCUUCCUCUUUUACUGCUACUAUGAGGACUGCACCAUUGGUGAGAAGCCCAUCCCAUUUGGACAGUGGCGACAUGUUGCCGUAUCCGUCAGCAGACAAAGUGAUUACUCCGAGACCAUCACCCUCUACAUCAAUGGCGAGGAGGACGUCUCCUUGCACUCGUCCACCACACUCAAUCUUCCCGUGGACACUCUAUCACUUGGUUGUUGGAAUGUACCAUUCGAAGGCAAGGUUGAUGAUUCAGUGGUUUGGAAUAGAGCACUGAGUAAGAGGGAGAUAAAGCAGUCGAUGUUCAAGAAGUAUCGUGGCGAUGAGAGUGGUCUGAUGGCAUACUUCACUUACAAUGACAAUACUAUAGUGGACUACUCAAAGUAUCGUUCACUUAUCACUCAAAAGUCACUGACGACCAUACCAUACGAUCACAAGUUAUUGGACCUAAGUGUAUGU